UCCCAGAUCAGGAUUAGCCGACCACCCGCCGAAGGCCAGAGAGAAAUAUCUCAUCUUCUCUCCACCGGAUCGGUUCAAUCGAGAGCGAGGGAGAAAGGGAGGUGGUGCGUCGAGGGGGGCCGAGAUUUUGCCGGUUUGGAGCCAGAUAGGGGUAUGAGCUGCUUCGCGCACCGCCGCCGCUCCGACGUCGCCCGCCGCCAGGACGGCCUCCUCGUCUUCGUCUUCUUCCUCUCGAUUCCCAUACGUACCAGUAGUUUUAAUUUAAGUAGUAGUAAUUGUAGUAGCAAUCUCUUGUAAACUGCGCUCGCCUUUGCGUGUUCGUGGUCCUUUUGCGCUUUCUCGUCCCUCUUUCUCUCAAUCUCUCCUUAUUCUUCUCCUUCCACGGCGAAGCCGGCGGCUGGUAUGGAUCCCAAUGGCCUCAAAACUGGAGGCCUUUUGCUCCCGACCAUCGAGAGGCGGUGCACGUCGCCUCCAUCCGUCAUUGUCAUCGGCGGUGGCAUCUCGGGCGUUGCAGCUGCCCGUGCCCUCUCCAAUUCUUCAUUUAAGGUGACUGUUUUGGAAUCGAGAGAUCGUAUUGGCGGGCGCAUUCAUACUGAUAACUCGUUUGGAUGCCCAAUUGAUAUGGGAGCCUCAUGGCUACACGGCGUGUGCAAUGAGAAUCCACUGGCACCAUUGAUAAGCUAUCUUGGGCUGAGGUUAUACCGCACAAGCGAUGAUAACUCAGUUCUGUAUGAUCAUGAUUUAGAAAGCUAUGCUCUCUUUGAUAAGGAUGGUAAUCAGGUCCCAAAGGAGACAGUCGAUAAAGUUGGAGAAACAUUCGAGAGAAUUCUUGAAGAGACGGUGAAAGUGCGCGAUGAGCAGGAACACGACAUGCCACUGCUACAGGCAAUUUCUAUUGUGUUUGAGAGGCACCCCCAUCUAAAGCUUGAAGGGCUAGAUGAUCAGGUCUUACAAUGGUGUGUCUGCCGGCUUGAGGCAUGGUUUGCUGCAGAUGCAGAUGAAAUAUCUCUGAAGAACUGGGAUCAGGAGCGUGUUCUUACUGGUGGACAUGGACUGAUGGUAAAUGGGUACUAUCCUGUUAUUGAAGCUCUUGCUCAAGGUCUUGACAUCAGGCUUAACCAAAGGGUCACCGAAAUUACCCGCCAGCACAAUGGAGUCAAGGUCACUACUGAAGAUGGCACAAGCUACUUGGCCGACGCCUGCAUAAUCUCAGUGCCACUCGGCGUGCUCAAGGCGAACGUAAUAAAGUUCGAGCCUGAGCUGCCCCAGUGGAAGAGCUCCGCCAUCGCCGACCUCGGCGUGGGCACCGAGAACAAGAUCGCCAUGCACUUCGACAGGGUCUUUUGGCCCAACGUCGAGGUGCUGGGAAUGGUCGGGCCGACGCCCAAAGCCUGUGGGUACUUCCUGAACCUGCACAAAGCCACCGGCAAUCCGGUCCUCGUGUACAUGGCCGCCGGAAGGUUCGCCCAGGAGGUGGAGAAGCUGUCGGACAAGGAAGCCGUCGGCCUGGUCGUUUCUCACCUGAAGAAGAUGCUCCCGGAUGCCACUGAACCGACGCAGUACCUGGUGUCGCGAUGGGGCUCCGACCCCAACUCCCUGGGGUCCUACUCGUGCGACCUGGUCGCGAAGCCGGCCGACGUGUGCGCGAGGUUCGCCGCCCCCGUCGAGAACCUGCACUUCGCCGGCGAGGCGGCCAGUGCCGAGCACUCGGGGUCCGUGCACGGCGCCUACUCGUCGGGCAUCGCCGCUGCCGAGGAAUGCAGGAAGCGGCUCCUGGCGCUGAAGGGCAUCCCGGACCUGGUCCAGGUCGCGGCGUGGGAGGAGAUGGCCGGAGCUGUGGCUCCUCUGCAGAUUUGCAGGACCUGAGUGAGAUUGGAUCACUGGCUGCCUUUGGACAUUGGAGUGGAUCGUGGAUCGCUUCGCUGCUCCCUGAUGGUUGCCGAGUCUUUUUUUAUAUUUACCUUACCUUGAAGGCCGUUGUGUCUUGUCUGGAAUAAAUCAAGAUUGACUGGCACUGAAAGUGUCAUCGCGUCACUCUUUCAUACUUAUUAAUAAAUAUCACAAGUCUGUCCUGAGAUCUCAGCCUGGUGCCUGCGUGCUGCCUUUGCCUUGUAUAUGACGUUUUACUUUCUUUUAGUCUCAAUUAUUCAAA